UUCAGCGAUCUUUGAUUAAAUAAAAUAAAUAACGAGCAAUCUAUACUUAUUUAAUAAUAUUUUAACAAGAAUUAACAUACCUAAUUCAAAAAGAUGGACGACUCGAGUCCAGAUACAGCUGCAAGCAAUACAGCGCCUCCCAGACAUCGAGGGCACCAUAAGUUUGAGAUCAAAGCAACGGGAGACGCAGCGAAGAACUAUGACUUUACUUCUGCAAGACCUCCUAAAAAGAGAACUACAGUGGUGGAAACCAUCGGCCACAUAGCCAAGACUUGCCUUGGCGGUGGAGUGGUGGCCAUUCACGAGAGCUACAAGAUGUGCGGGCUAUGGUCGUCUUUCUGCCUCACUAUCGUCUUCGGUUUUUGCAUCAGCUAUGCUAUGUAUAUGAUAGCCCAUUCAGCUCAAAGAAUGUACGGCAGAGUCCAAGUCCCGGCAAUGAGUUACCCCGACUUGGCGGAGGCGACGUUGGACGUGGGCCCUUUUACCAGUAUGAAGAAAUACAGUAGGACUUUCAGGUACCUAGUGGACUUUACAAUAUGCUUCAACCUCUUCGGCUCCUGCUGCGUCUAUCAGAUCAUGAUUGCGCGAUCCAUCAAGCAGCUGGUAGAAGGCACCAAUGAAGUUACCCUAGAAGGGAAUCCUCCUUUGAGGGUUUACAUUCUGUUACUGGUCAUCCCUUGUAUUGCCAUCGGGAUGAUAACAAGUUUGAAGUAUCUGGCACCGUUCUCUAUUGUGGCUGACUUUAUUAUAUUUACCGUCGCCUGCGCAACGGUAUACUACUGCAUCAGAUCAUCCCCACCAAGUCCUUUGGACAUGCCAGCGUUCAAGACAGUCACUGGAUUGUUUGAGUUCAUGGGUGUCUGCAUAUUUAGUAUGGAAGGCUUAGGAGCUGUGAUGGCGAUCGAAAACAAUAUGGAGGAACCGAAGAAGAUGGGCCUAGCUCUCCUUGGAGGCAUGUCGAUAGUCGUUAGUAUCGUGGUAACUAUUGGUUUCUUCGGUUACUGGGGGUUUGGUGAGGAAAGUAGAUCGCCUGUUACCAUCAACUUUCCUUUAGAACCGUUCCCUAUUGCCCUCAAAUGUCUCUUCGCAGUAAUGAUCUACGUGACAUAUGCCUUGAACUUCUGGUUCCCCUUCGACCUGAUGUGGUUCUACAUUAGGAAGCGCUACGACCCUCAGAAGUUCUGGCUUUGGGAGCGGGUGUACAGGGCCAUCUUCAUAUGUGGCAUCACCACCAUUGCCACCAUCUUCCCGAAUGUGUCCAAGUUUCUUGGAGUGCUCGGCUCGUUCUGCAUAUCAAACAUGGGUUUCGUGUACCCUGCCUUCAUCGAGCUGUGCCUGGACUGGAGUGACCCUGGCCUGGGGCCUGGCAAGUGGCGGCUGUGGAGAUUCCUAGUCAUCAUCACCUUUGGCUUGACACUUUUCAUCGUGGGCUCCUAUACUAACCUUAAGGGUCUCAUUGCCGAAUCGUUUUAA